AUGGACCUAGACCAAGACCAAUCCUCCCAAUGCUCGCGACCGUCGGAAAUGCAACAGAACACGCCUGAGCAGAGCACAUCCAGCUUUUCACCGCCAGAAAUAAGAGAAGCUGAAAACAGGAACCUAGGCGUAGGUAACCCGGCUACUCCCAACAUGAACGAGAAUAGUGACUGCUAUCACGUGCGGGGACCAUCGGGCCCGGCUAUAAGCAACGCAGCCUUCAUUUCCCCAACGGAUCAAGACAUAAUCGACUUCCUGACUGAGUCCAUACCCGAAGUUUGGCAUACCGAAGGCGAUGUAGGGCUGGACGCUUGUCAAUCAUAUUCGAUAGUGCCUGACGGCUAUGGAACAAAUAUUUCCCCAGUCAUGCCAGAAUUCGAGACCAGUUAUCCAGUGCGCUGCGAAAACGGCAGUAACCAGGUGUUGCUAGCGCCAGAAGAAACUGCACAACAAAUGAUGCUUCAAUCUGGAGGCAUCGACAGACAAAGAAAGUGUUAUUCUCUUGAGGUACCGAAAGCGAUUGUAGAUCAUUUAAUUGACCUAUACUUCCAAAGAGUACAGGUGUUUUUGCCACUGUUCCAUCGCCCCAGAUUCUACAAAACAUUUGUCGAGGUUCAUGCCGGGCAAAGGUAUACCAACCUCACAAGAGAAUCGGCCUUUCUGUUACUAUCAAUGAUGGCGUUGUCCGCUCGUUAUUCAAAAUCGCCGUAUUUUGAAAGCACGCACGUCAAGGAUCGAGGCACCCUCUUUGCACGCAGGGCUCAGGCCAUAUACGAUGAAGCACCCGCGUUUUCUGAAUUUCAAACGCCCUCGCUAAAGCUGCUUCAAGGGUGCAUCCUGCUUUCCUACUAUAAUCAAUCGUGCAAGCCCUCAUGGGGAUCUGAUUUUUCGAUCAACCGCUGCACCAGUUUGGCGUACGACUUAGACUUACAUAAGAUUGAUGAGGACAGUCUUGAUGGUUCAGGGAAGUUGCUCGAAUCACAGUCCCCGGAGAUCUGGAUAUUGAAAGAGGAACAACGCCGAGCCUGGUGGUCAGUUUGGGAGCUUGAUGCUUUUGAUUCGGUCGCGUUUCGGCGGCCAUUCAAAAUUGACAGGAACCGAAUGUUUGUCUUCCUGCCCGUCUCAGAUGAAGCUUGGUUUGCAGGCAUACCAAUUAUUUCCGCCAUGCUCAAUACCGAUAUUAUGUAUUCCUGGAAGAGCCUAAAAGAUACUCCAAAUCAAGACGAACGCGCGUGGUUUUUGAUUAGCAACUUUGUCAUGGUACAUGCACAUGACCUUGCACAGCAGAGAGUCAUCCACCAAACGAGUGUUGAGGAUAUUCAAAUGGCUGUAACAUGUUUCUCAUUACUUAUCAAUGAGAAACUGCGGGUUGAUCUAGGAAGUCUUACCUUCAAUGAAAAUAAUUACGCGAAAAGCAACUGGACAAUCUUGACGCAGCUGAUGGUGCAAACUACUCGUCUCAUCUUGGGCGUCUUGAGUCGACAUGCCUCAUCGCAGCCAGUCUUCACCGGUCACAAUCGAUUCGUCAAUCGGUCAGGCAGAGCAACACCAAGUGGUCUGCACCUUGGUACUGCAAGCCUCGAGAACCUUCAGCAACCGCUAUACGAAAUCUUCCGGAUAUGUCGAGCGUGGUCACCGGAUUUUAUCAGCUUAUCCCCCCCUACAAUGGUAUGCAUGGUUGUGGGGCCAGCGAACACAAAUCUUCGAUUGGCACGACUUCUUAGGAGAGGCACGGAAAAGAGCGGAGUAAAGUCGCAACCUAGUAUUCAGGAGGAACUCCUUACUCUUGUAUUGACUCAUUUUGCACGCCAUUGGAAUAUGGGGCAUAUAAUCUUGGGUAAUUCCCCCGUGUUUGAUCAAAUCUAUUAA